GAGCUAAGGGGCGGGGCAUCAUGGCUGCCCCCAGUGCGCCGCGUCCGGGGUCUGGUGGAUGUUACACUGAUUGACAGCUCCGUCACCGCGGGCCCGCCCUCUGCCCUCACCAGCGGAGAGGUGGUCACCCCGGGAACCUCUACGAGGCGGCGGCAGGAGAGGGAGCCAUGGGGACAGUGCACGCCCGGAGUUUGGAGCCUCUUCCACCUAAUGGACCUGAUUUCGGCGCAUUAGGAGAGGAAGCUGAGUUUGUUGAAGUCGAACCUGAAGCCAAACAGGAGAUUCUUGAAAACAAAGAUGUGGUUGUGCAACACGUUCAUUUUGAUGGACUUGGAAGAACGAAAGAUGAUAUCAUCAUAUGUGAAAUUGGAGACGUUUUUAAGGCGAAAAACCUGAUUGAGGUGAUGCGGAAAUCUCACGAAGCCCGUGAAAAGCUGCUUCGCCUGGGAAUAUUCAGACAAGUGGAUGUUUUGAUUGAUACGUGUCAAGGUGAUGGUGCCCUUCCAAACGGCUUAGACGUCACCUUCGAAGUAACCGAACUGAGGAGACUGACGGGCAGCUAUAACACCAUGGUUGGGAACAACGAAGGCAGCAUGGUGCUUGGCCUCAAACUCCCUAAUCUUCUAGGCCGUGCAGAAAAGGUGACUUUUCAGUUUUCGUAUGGAACCAAAGAGACUUCGUAUGGCCUGUCCUUCUUCAAACCACGGCCCGGAAACUUCGAGAGAAAUUUCUCUGUAAACUUAUAUAAAGUUACUGGCCAGUUCCCCUGGAGCUCGCUUCGGGAGACAGACAGAGGAGUGUCCGCCGAGGUACAGCGUGAGUGGCCUUUCGUCCUUCCCAUUGUGCCCUUGAGUGUGAACAAGGCAGCUCCUUCGCUGAUUGCCCGAGUCAGCAAGCGGGGGCGGGCCCAGGCGGGCAGGCCUGUCUGCGAUCUGGAGCCUGGAGCGCGGGCCUUAUGGCCGGGGUCACCCUCUACCCUUCGCCUCGCUUUUCCCAUAUGGAAGACCAGCCACACCGUCAAGUGGGAGGGCGUGUGGCGGGAGCUGGGCUGCCUCUCCAGGACGGCGUCCUUCGCUGUCCGGAAGGAAAGCGGGCACUCGCUGAAGUCAUCUCUUUCGCACGCAAUGGUCAUCGACUCGAGGAACUCCUCCAUCUUGCCCAGGAGAGGGGCUCUGCUGAAAGUUAACCAGGAGCUGGCUGGCUACACCGGAGGGGACGUGAGUUUCAUAAAGGAAGAUUUCGAGCUUCAGUUGAAUAAACAACUUAUAUUCGAUUCGGUUUUCUCAGCGUCUCUCUGGGGCGGGAUGUUGGUGCCCAUCGGCGAGAAAACGUCCAGUAUUGCAGACAGGUUUUACCUCGGAGGACCGACCAGUGUGCGCGGGUUUAGCAUGCACAGCGUGGGGCCACAGAGCGAAGGCGACUACCUGGGCGGAGAGGCGUACUGGGCCGGCGGCCUGCACGUGUACACGCCCCUGCCCUUCCGGCCCGGCCAGGGCGGCUUCGGGGAGCUGUUCAGAACGCACUUCUUCCUCAAUGCCGGCAACCUGUGCAACCUCAACUACGGGGAGGGCCCGAAGGCUCACAUCCGGAAGCUGGCCGAGUGCAUCCGCUGGUCUUACGGUGCCGGGAUCGUCCUCAGGCUCGGCAAUAUUGCCCGGCUGGAGCUGAAUUACUGUGUCCCCAUGGGAGUGCAGAAGGGGGACAGGAUAUGUGACGGUGUCCAGUUUGGAGCCGGGAUUAGGUUCCUGUAGCUGCCGCGCACGCUCGGGACCACGCACCUUCUCGCCCAGGAACCGUGUCCGCGCCGUUCUUUGCAGCCCUCGUGGGAAACCACACCAAUAAAUUUUAAAGACAAACACUCAGA